AAAAAAAGAGAAAAGAAAAAAGAAAACUUGUCUCAUGCAUGACCCACCUUCUUUCUUCCCACCCAAGCAAGGAGCGAGAAGCAAUGAAGUAAGAGAGAAGCCUCAUCGCGCUUCAGAAUCCCCGCAAACAAUUUACCGAGCUGAGACCUCCGACCCUUUUGAAUACACGAUUGAAAGAAGCUCAGGAAGAGGAGGAAUUAACAGCAUUAAUCCUUCAUAAUCAUGGGUCAGGCCUUGCGCAAGCUCUUCGACAGCUUCUUCGGCGUCAAAGAGAUGAGGGUUGUAAUGCUUGGGUUGGAUGCCGCUGGUAAAACGACUAUCCUGUACAAAUUGCAUAUGGGAGAAGUUCUAUCAACAGUCCCGACGAUAGGUUUUAAUGUAGAGAAAGUGCAGUAUAAAAAUGUUGUAUUUACUGUAUGGGAUGUUGGGGGACAAGAGAAGCUAAGACCAUUGUGGAGAAUGUACUUUAGCAAUACUGAUGGCCUGAUCUAUGUAGUUGAUUCCUUGGAUAGAGAAAGGAUUAAAAAGGCCAAACAAGAGUUUCAGGCCAUUAUCAGGGAUCCUCUCAUGCUCAACAGUGUUAUACUGGUACUUGCUAACAAGCAGGAUUUGAAAGGCACGAUGAGUCCGAUGGAGGUGUGCGAGGGGCUGGGGCUGUACGAUCUGAGGAACCGAAUAUGGCACAUACAGGGGACCUGUGCCCUCACCGGCGACGGCCUCUAUGAGGGUAUGGAUUGGCUCGCCACGACAUUGAAGCGGCUACAAGCCUCAGGCGCCUCCACUUCUGUCGCCGGCACUUACUUCUGAUUUUGUCUGUCAGGUGAUCUCCAUACGUGGUUCCGAGGACUAUGGAUUCUGCAAAAGUUACAGCAAAACACGAUGUACUUUGCGGUUCUAGCUGUUCGUGAUCAUCUGCAGUACUCAACUUGAAAGGGGCUGUAUACCACAUUAAAUAUAUUUUUGAUUGUUGGGAGCUAUGAAAGAAAAAAAUUGUUUACCUACAUUUCGCACUCGAGUUCUUGUAAAUAUUACAGAUAGAUGGCUUUCUGUUUUAGUUCUUCGAAUGUAAAUUUGGCAGUUCUAGUCAGGACAUUUGUAUACUUUCAUUUUGUUAUUUGAGUUGUUUGUUAUUAUUAUUUUUCCCUUAAA